AUGGAGAGCAGAAAACUCAUUUCUGCUACAGACAUCCAGUACUCCAGCAGCCUGCUGAACUCCCUGAACGAGCAACGUGGCCAUGGGCUCUUCUGCGACGUUACGGUGAUUGUCGAGGACCGCAAAUUUCGAGCCCACCGGAAUGUGCUUUCGGCCUCAAGUACUUACUUCCACCAGCUCUUCUCUGUGGCCGGGCAAGUGGUUGAACUGAGCUUUAUAAGAGCCGAGAUCUUUGCAGAGAUCCUUAAUUACAUAUAUAGUUCUAAAAUUGUGCGUGUGCGAUCAGAUUUGCUGGAUGAGUUGAUUAAAUCUGGGCAGCUAUUGGGAGUGAAGUUUAUAGCAGAGCUCGGUGUGCCAUUGUCACAGGUUAAGAGCAUCUCAGGUCCAGCUCAGGUGGCGAAUGAAAACACCUUACCACCUGAUUCGAGUGACAACCCUGAUGCCCCCAAGUCAAAAGAUGAGGCCCAAGAAAAUGGGGCCACUGUCAUGCCUAUUAUAACAGAGUCUUUCUCCUUAUCGGCUGAAGACUUUGAGACUAAAAAGAUCAUUGUUACUGAUUCAGAUGACGACGACGACAUCAUUUUCUGCUCUGAGAUUCUGCCCGCAAAAGGGACUUUGCCGAUUCCCAGCAAGGCAGCUCCAGUCCUGCCUAGCCCAGGCACAGUUGCUAUUUCAGAUGUGACACCUUGUGCUAGCAGUAAGUCUCCCCCUUUGACAAAUAUCACACCUACUCCAAAACUCCCUCCUUCUGUGACCCCGACGGCACUGAGCUCAGCACAGGGAACUGAAAAAUUGCUGGUCUCUUCGGCCCCGACACAUCUGACUCCCAACAUAAUUUUGUUGAAUCAGACGCCACUUACAACCCCGUCAAAUGUCAGUUCUUCGCUUCCUAAUCACAUGUCUCCUUCAAUCAAUCUACUUGUGCAGAACCAGCAGGUACCUAGCAGUGCUGCUUUAACUGGAAGCAAGGCCCCAGAAGAGGAGGAGGAGAUCAUAGAUGAUGAUGAUGACAUUAUUAGCUCCAGCCCAGAAUCGGCAGUCAGUAAUACAUCCUUGGUCCCACAGGCUGGCAUCCCGCCAAAUACCCCUUUUGAUGGGUCAUUGAUACAGAAGAUGCAGCUUCCUGCCCUGCUGCAAGAGCCCCUUGCCAAUUCUUUGAAGAUUUCAGAUAUAAUUACGCAAAACACCGGUGAUCCAGGUUUGGGAGCCAAACACCUAACAGAGAGCCAGAAGAUCAUUACUUUAGAUACAGCUACUGAGAUUGAAGGCUUGUCGACAGGUUGCAAGGUUUACGCGAAUAUUGGUGAAGAUACUUACGACAUAGUAAUCCCUGUCAAAGAUGACCCUGAUGGAGGUGACGCCAGACUUGAGAACCAGCGGCCCAAGACCUCCAGUAGUGAGAAGGCCAAAAAGCGCAUGAAAGUAAAGCACGAUGAUCACUAUGAGUUAAUUGUAGAUGGACGGGUCUAUUACAUCUGUAUUGUGUGCAAAAGGUCGUAUGUCUGUCUGACGAGCUUGCGGAGACAUUUUAACAUUCAUUCUUGGGAGAAGAAGUAUCCUUGCCGCUACUGUGAGAAGAUCUUUCCUCUGGCGGAGUAUCGCACAAAGCAUGAAAUCCAUCAUACAGGGGAGCGAAGAUAUCAGUGUUUGGCCUGUGGCAAAUCGUUUAUAAACUAUCAGUUUAUGUCAUCACACAUAAAAUCCGUUCAUAGCCAAGAUCCUUCUGGAGAUACGAAGCUUUAUCGGUUGCAUCCUUGCAGGUCUUUGCAGAUCAGACAGUAUGCUUACCUUUCUGACCAGUCAGGCCCCGUGUCCGGAGUGAAGGAUGAUGGUGUUGGGUACAAGGCCGAUGCUGGCAAAGAAACUCCAGUGGGGACCACAUCUACUCCUCAGAACAAGCCAAUGACCUGGGAAGAUAUUUUUAUUCAGCAGGAAAAUGAUUCCAUUUUUAAACAGAAUGUAACAGAUGGCAGUCCUGAGUUUGAAUUUAUAAUCCCAGAAUCGUAUUAAACUCUUUCAAAAUAUCAGUAUCAGAAAGUUUGGGU